AUUUAGUUUUAAAUAAACAAUUCAACCAUUAAGAUCUGCGAAAAUGAAGUGGUCGGAAAUUUUAUUCAUUUUAUUAUUGACAAUACCGGAAAAUAUACUUGCUCGUCGUUGCAGUCGCUAUCCUUCGAAUACUUUUACGCCCAAGUCACCAGUUGAUGAAAAUUUCGUUAUAUCUAUAACGGGUAAUGCUCAGACGUAUAUAUUGGGUCAGAGUUAUAAUGUUUCUUUAAACGCUUACAACGGUCGUCGUUUUAUAAGCGCUAAACUGGUGUUGGAAAAUGAAAAUGGUGAAAAGCCUAUCAAUGGAGAUUUAGGUCAUUUAGAAGUGGUAGAUCCGGUGGAGACACGUUAUAGUCAUCAGUGUAUUAAUAUGGUGGAGAGUACUAAUACCAAUCCCAAAACUAGAAUGGAUUUUGUGUGGACUGCUCCUGUGGAUGCCGGAAAUGGUUGUGUUCUGAUACGAGCCACAGUUUUGCAACACCGUGAUGUUUGGUUUAUGGAUGAUGGUGGUUUAACAAAACGUAUAUGCGAAGAGGUAGUCGAUGAUAUGGAGAGUCAAAGGAAAGAUUUAGACGAGAGGUUAUGUUGUGCCUGUGAUGAGGCACGUUAUGAGAUUACUUUCGAAGGUCUUUGGUCGCGCAAUCUACAUCCUAAAGAUUAUCCUGCUCGAGGUUGGCUAACCCGCUUUAGUGAUAUUUUGGGCGCUGCUCAUACUUCUGAUUAUCGGUUUUGGGAUAAAGGCAAUUUGGCUUCGCCAGAAAUGCAAGAAUUUGCAGAGCAUGGCUCUUCCCAGGGUUUGGAGAGAGAAUUUAAUAGGCAUUUUAAGGAUGGUAAAAUACGAACUAUUAUUAAGUCCAGAGGUCCUGCCUUUCCCUAUAUAAAUAGUCCUUCUGUGGCUUCGGUACGUGUCGAUCCUUUACGUCAUCAAAUUUCAAUUGCUUCGAAAAUUAUGCCUUCACCGGAUUGGAUUGUGGGCGUGCCAGGCUUGGAGCUAUGUGCCAGCAACUGUACUUGGUUAGAAGAGAAGGUGAUAAAUUUAUAUCCUUGGGAUAUUGGCACCGAUGCAGGGCCAACGUAUACGUCUCCCGAUCAGCCACAAUUUCCCCCUGAUGUUAUAAGACGUAUGAGCUCUGAGUAUCCCCCAGAUCCACGUUCACCUUUUUUUGAUGAAACUCACGCGCCCAUGAAGCCCUUAGCUACCUUAACCAUUAAAAGGCAACGACUUUACGAAAGGAAGUGUGAAGAUGAAGAUUCCAACAAUCCCGAAGAAAGACCUAGAGAAUGUUACACCCAUCCUUGGUCUGCCUGGAGUGAAUGUACAGCAGAAUGUGGAGAAGGUCAUCAAUAUCGUACACGGGUCUAUAAACAAGCCGAUGUAGCUAAAAUCUAUAAUUGUGAUUCAAUGGUGAGAAGGAGACAAGAUCGUCCUUGUCAGGGUCAGAAAUGUUCGGGUAUGGAGGCUGCAUUUGGGUAUCCACCAUACGAAACGAAUCAAUGGUCGGAGGUGGAAGAUGGAGAAGUAAUCUUUGAUUCUGUUUUGCCACAAAUGCCGGUUAAAUCGGCUAAAACAAAGGCUGAAUGUAUGCUGGGCAAUUGGUCGCCAUGGUCUGAGUGUAGUGUUUCCUGCGGUGAAGGUGUGAGAGAAAGGACAAGGGAAUAUGUAAAUCCUUAUAAUGAAAGGGAGUGUCAAGAAGUAUUCUUCUUUAAGUUAAAAGAAUAUAAAAAAUGUCAAGGUCCCAGUUGUUUGGGUCCUCUCAAUAACAAUGAAGAUGAUGAAGAAGAAAAUUUAGAGUUUGACACUAAUUCCCAGCAAUAUAACAACGGAUUUCGAUUGGCACAUAAACCUUAUGAACCAUUUGAUACAAAACCAGAAUUUACAGGACGAAGGGGUUCAAACAAUCAGUUUAGACCUCAACAAUAUUUGACACAUUCUCGGCAACCUAUUGAUCCUGAAGAAGAAAUUGAGGAAGAACAACAGCCACAAUAUAAUUUCGAAACGGAAGAUUUAAAGCAGGAAACAACUGAAGAAACAUAUCCCAACAAACCUAUAAGAAACUAUGCAAAUUCCAGACUAAAAGAUUCAAACAAUCUACAUCCCACCUAUCAGAAAAUAAGCCAAAUACAACAUAGCAAUAACCCCUAUGGCCAAAGCCUCUUUAAACCACCACCCGAAUAUUGUUAUCAACCUUUAAAUAUAAUUCGCGGUUGUAUAGAUCAGCGUGUCGUUGGAAAUUUCUGGUUCUACAACUACUGUACGGAUGAGUGUAUGCUUUUUGCCACCGAUAUUUGUGAUAAUAAUCGCAAUAAAUUUCUCUCGUUGGAAAAAUGCGAAGAGCAUUGUGCCACUCCAAUGAGAAGAGCUGAGAGAUUUUUACGCUACAAACAAGCAGAAGGAUGUAGUCGGGGAGUGCCACUACAAAAUGUGCGCGAUUUUAAAAAGAGAAGAGAAUAUGUUUAAUUUUGUUUUGGGCACUUUAUCAGUUUUAGUUUAAGUUUUAUUAGAAUUAUAUAUGUAUGUAUGGAUGUUUUUUGAUAACGAGUGUAGUUUAGUAAUUAAGUUAAAAAGUAAAUUAUUUAAAAUAAAAAUAUAUGUUUUAUUGGCUAUUUUUGUUAAAGUUAAAA